ACAGAAAUAAUGCUGGUGAGUUGCCACAGACAACAUGUAUCAGCAUACCUCUCCCAUUAUGUUAUCUAGGAAUCUGCAUCCUAGAAGCCGUCGUAGAAAGAACCAGUUCAGAAGUGCAGUUUUCAGACCUAUAGGUUGUGUAUGAUAUCAAAAUAUUCUGAAUUGGAAAUAACUCUUUCUGGUUAUGUGAGUAAAGGGAUCAUAUUAACUCCAUCACUCAAUGAAUGACUAUUUACCCUACAUAGAUUUCUAAUGGAUGUGUACAUUUUACCUGAUGUCAGUAACAUGUAUCCAAAUCCAUUAACUCAGUAACAAUAGAAGACCUUUCAGAGUGCCGAUCAGCUGUUGAUGAAUGUGCAAAAACAUUUUAACUACAACCGUAUUGAUGCUUAACAAUAUGUGACGUUUAUUGAAAGUUCAUUCAUUUAUUUCUUAAACCUCUCUCGAAUUUGCCUACUAUGUGAAUGAUUAAGUCGCUAACAACCAUCAUGUCUGUAAAUGUGUCCUUCGAUGAUAACCUUACCUCUCCACUUAAUAAUGAGUCUUCUACUGCUGUGGCCUAUGACUACUACACAAUCUACAAGACCUUCUGUCCUGGGGCGGUAAAAGUCGACAAAUACGCUACUCCUUACACAUACGUCAUCGGAUUUCCUGGAAACUUAUUUUCUCUUAUAAUUUGGCUUAAACGACGCAUGCGGAACUCCUCUGGAUAUUACCUUGCUGCUUUGGCCCUUGUGAAUCUUUUGUUUCUGUCUCUGCAAGUAAUAUAUGAACUCAAUGAAAAAUGGAAAGUGAAAUGUCUGGACCUACCAUUUGUUUGUGAAUUUUACCCCAUUAUUUUCUUGACCUCCCAAUAUCUCUCUCCGAUCCUCGUGUUGUCUUUUACUAUUGAGAGAUACAUAAGUAUUUGUCACCCAUUCAAACGGGACGUAUGGUGUACAACAAAACAUGCGAAAAUUGCAAUUAUUUCUACAACCACUGGUUGUUUAUGCAUAAACAGCAUUCAAGGUUACUUUUGGUCAUAUGACUCUGACAAAAAAAAUUGCCUUCUCCGAGAUUCAGUAAUCAAAUACGGCACUAAAUCUCUCUGGGCAAUAUGGACCUGGUGUGUGGAAGCAUUUGUGUUCCUUUUGGUGCCGCUGUGCAUUCUAUUUUUUAACAUUCUUGUUAUAAAAGAAGCACGAAGACUUUCAAAAUUCGAGCAGAGCACGUUACAUACCCAAAACCAUCGGAAUUCUGCAACGACAGUAAUGUUACUGGCGGUCUCUUUUUACCAAAUAUUUACGACACUUCCGGUGACCAUUGUCGUUACUUUGUAUCAAACGUUUCCCUUGGGUGAUUUUAGUGUUCUACCAACCAUAACGGAUACAUGGAAAGCUCAUUUUCAGUAUUACUGGGCCAAAACUAUCAUUGAAGAAAUAGGUUUGACUCAUUAUGCGGGAAACUUUUAUAUUUAUCUAUUAACUGGUAAAGUGUUCAGGAAAGAGUUCAAAAAGCUUCUGCGGCCUUUGAUUGGUGGUUUGAAACUUAACCUUACAAAUACGUUAAAGAAUGAAUAUUCAAAUGUUCGGAACGGGGGUACAAAACAGGGAAAAGAAGUUGCAGUGACCAAGUGCAAUGGAAAUGAAAAUGGACAUCCUAAGGAAAGUUCAGAAAUCGAUCCAAUUCUGAGCUUAUCAGAAACAAAACUUUGACAUCAUAAGUUUAAAGUAUUAAUCCAGUUUCCAAUCAAAGAUGGAACCUAUCCAUAUCAAUAAACCAUGU